ACAGGCCGUCACCGCAGCGUCUCUCUUAAUCUGGAUGAACUUCAGAAAGGCAGCUAAAAGGAAGCGUUUUAGCAUAUGUGAAGAUUAUUCUUGUCGACAUUUCUGCUUUUGUUUCAGCUUCGCCUGCUGCAUCCAUUCUUUGGAUUACUUCGGACAGCUGUGGGAUUUCCCUGUCACUUCUGGAUCUUUUUCCACUGCUCUUGCUGGUGGUUUUCAAAAGCCGCUUCUGAGGGAAACGAGACCGGCACGCCUUGCGUUUUCGCAUAUCUAUCUGCCAUCCUCAUUCCCGUAACCUUCAUGUUUUCACACUCCUGGAUUAGAGCUUCGGUCAGCUGACCAGUCACCUUCCUGCAACCUCACACCACGCCUCGUCCCAGACCUCUGAGGGCCAUCCCAGGUGGCCUGGUCACAGUGCGUUGCGGUGGGCCGGGGUCACCCCCUGCUCCCUAUGACUGUGCCAGAGAGUCGGAGAGCCGCUGGGCCUGGGAGAGAGACGAAAGCGGAGGCCAGCGGAUGGAGAGCAGCGGCUGCAGUCCCUUCCCUCUGUGCUGGGCACGAGGAGCCUGCGUCUACUCCUACCCUCCCCCUCUGCCAAAAUAUGACAGACAGUUAGCACCCACCAAAGCCAUGGCAGCGGCUUACCUGGACCCCAACCUGACCCAUGCCCUGAACCAGGGGGUCAAGCCUCGCUUCAGCGCAGGGAUGGAGCGGUCAGCUGGGACUCUGGAGCGCGUACUCCGAGUCUUCCACUACUUCGAGAGCAGUAGUGAACCCUGCACCUGGGCCAGCAACAUCCGACACGGGGACUCAACCGAUGUCAGGGGCAUUAUACAGAAGAUCGUGGACAUCCAUAAGGUGAGGUGUGUGUCGUGCUUUGGUCUGCGCCUGAGCCACCUGAGAACAGGUGAAGUUCAUUGGCUCCACCCCGACAUGGGUGUGUCUCACGUGAGGGAGAGGUACGAGCACAGCCACCCCCAGGACGACUGGAGAUAUGAGCUACGGAUUCGAUACUUGCCUAAAGGAUUUUUAAACCAGUUUACUGAGGACCAGCCAACACUCAACUACUUUUAUCAUCAGGUGAAAAGCGAUUAUAUGAUGGAGAUUGCCGAUCAAAUUGAUCAAGACAUAGCACUUAAUCUAGGCUGCCUUGAAAUCAGGCGGUUUUUCAGGGACAUGCGUGGAAACGCCCUGGAUAAAAAAUCAAAUUAUGAAUUAUUAGAGAAGGACGUUGGUCUGCGGAGAUUCUUUCCAAAGAGUUUAUUAGACUCAGUGAAGGCUAAAUCCCUGCGGAAACUGAUCCAGCAGACUUUUAAACAGUUCGCCAAUCUGAACGACGAGCAGUGUAUCCUCAAGUUCUUCGAGAUCCUUUCACCUAUAUACAGAUUUGAUAAGGAGUGUUUUAAAUGCGCUCUCGGGUCAAGCUGGGUGAUAUCAGUGGAGUUGGCCAUCGGACCCGAGGAGGGCAUCAGUUAUUUGACGGACAAAGGAUCAAAUCCAACACACCUCGCUAACUUCACACAAGUACAGAGUAUUCAGUUCGAGGAGCGAGAUCGGAAGGGAACGCUGCAGUUAGAUGUAGCUGGAGCACCUGAGCCUCUGACGGUAAAAACUACAACACUGAACACAGCAGAGAACAUGGCUGAUCUCAUUGAUGGUUACUGUAGACUUGUUAAUAGAACUUCUUCAUCGUUUAUUGUCCGUGUACAGAAAGAAGGAGAGAGAGCUCUUCCAUCUAUCCCAAAGACUCCAAAAUCAGCAAACCAUGAGAAACGGUUGCAAGGAGUCCGGGCCAAAGCCAUCUCCGUUUCAGAUGAUAUUGGUGGGGAUGAAACAGACGACUACGCUGAGAUCAUUGACGAAGAGGACACAUACACCAUGCCUUCCAAAUAUUAUGGACUAGAUGAAGCCAGGGACUAUGAGAUACAAAGAGACAGAAUUGAGCUGGGACGCUGUAUAGGUGAGGGCCAGUUUGGAGACGUCCAUCAAGGGAUUUACAUAUGUCUGGAGAACCCAGCUCUUUCUGUGGCGAUAAAGACGUGUAAGAAUUGCACCUCGGACAGUGUUCGAGAGAAGUUUCUCCAGGAGGCCUUGACCAUGCGACAGUUCGAUCAUCCACAUAUUGUAAAGCUGAUUGGCGUCAUUACAGAAAACCCAGUGUGGAUCAUCAUGGAGCUUUGCACGCUGGGAGAGUUGCGUUCCUUUCUUCAGAUUAGGAAUACAAUCCUUGCGGAGGAGAAGGCUCAGCAGGAGGAGCGCAGCCGUAUGGAGAUGAGGAGACAGGUCCCCGUAUCCUGGGACUCAGGAGGCUCAGACGAAGCACCACCCAAACCCAGUCGACCUGGCUAUCCAAGUCCCCGUUCCAGUGAAGGGUUCUACCCUAGUCCUCAGCACAUGGGCCAGCACAAUCAUUACCAGAUGGCAGGGCACUCUGGCCCACACGGCUUGCUUCCCGUGCCAGGUGGGAUGUACCCUCCCCAGGCCGCAGGGACUGGGCUUGAUCCCCACGACAGCUGGAAUCAUCGCAGGGCUGCUCAGGAUCACAUGUGGAAUCCCAGCAUGGAGGAUGGUGUGGCUGUGCGCGGUGGUCUGUCUCAGCUGAUGGAGGAGCAGUUAUUACUGCAGCAGCAGCAGAUGGAGGAUGAUCAGCGCUGGUUGGAGCAGGAGGAGAGACUACUGAAGCCUGAUGGGAGAAGUUCCAGAGGCAGCAUUGACCGUGAUGAUGGAAACCUUCAGGGACCAACUGGAAAUCAACACAUCUACCAACCUAUAGGGAAAGCAGAACACGCAGCUCCUCCUAAAAAGCCUCCUCGACCCGGAGCUCCCAGCCACCCAGCAGGAGUCUCCGGCCUCAACCCUACAGACAGCUACAAUGAAGGCGUGAAGCCCUGGAGGAUUCAGCCUCAGGAGAUCAACCCGCCCCCAACAGCUAACUUAGAUCGCUCCAACGACAAGGUCUAUGAAAAUGUUACCGGGCUGGUAAAGGCUGUGAUUGAGAUGUCCAGUAAAAUCCAGCCAGCUCCCCCUGAAGAAUACGUGCCCAUGGUGAAGGAAGUGGGAUUAGCACUGAGAACACUGCUGGCCACUGUGGAUGAGACGAUACCUUUACUACCGGCUCACACACACAGAGAGAUCGAAAUGGCUCAAAAGCUUCUAAAUUCAGACCUGGCUGAGCUGAUCAAUAAGAUGAAGUUGGCCCAGCAGUACGUCAUGACCAGCCUGCAGCAGGACUAUAAGAAACAGAUGCUAACAGCUGCACACGCACUCGCAGUAGAUGCCAAGAACCUGCUGGAUGUGAUUGACCAGGCCAGGCUGAAGAUGUUGGGCCAGGCACGACCGCAUUAGCCCCUGCUAGAGGACACGACGACGCACGUGACGCCCUGGAAAAACACACCAGCACAGACUUGUACACUAAUGGAGUCUCAUGGGCCCCUUCACUACUCACUGACCCUCACAUUUAAGCUGCACGGUAGACCAUGGGCGCCAUGAGGAGGGCUCUGGAUUUAUUUAACGGAUGAGCUAGACCGGACCAGACUCAUCACGACUGGAUCUCUUGGAGAACAUAGUGAGCCAAUGACUGGACGCUGAGAGGGCGAUUCUGACCUCCGCUAUGAGCUUUAAACGUCUCUGGAGGAAAAGAGACACUCUUACACUGUAUCUAAUGUCUGUGUUUCAUUGACAAGCCCAAGCUCCACACAAACCUAGAUCCCCCUCGGCUUGGGUUCUGGCUCUAGAAUCAUAGAAGUUGAGACUCGUUUGCACAGUAGAACUUGAGUUGAGACUAGAUUCAAAAACUCUGGGUUUGCUUUGCGGACUCCCACGCUUCUCCCUAGGACUAAGAGGGACAGCGUUGUAUAUUUGGGCCUUGUUGCCACCUAGAGGUAAAAUAAAGCUAU